AUACCUCUCUAAUUAUAGAGGGGAUAAGGAGCUCCAGCCACCACAACAUCCACCUCUAUUGUCAUAUCAUCAUUAACAACCCAUAUUCGGCUCACUGUUGAGCACGAGUCUCCUCUCACAAUGAGAGGGGUAAGGCCUUUGUUCACCACACUGGCAAAAUGAGGAUUGGUAGACAUCACACCAGUAGAGAAUUAAGAAAAUUCUCAGGUAUGCAGGUUUCGUCACAAAGUUUUUCCUUCACCGUUUGAGACACGUGAUAUUCAAUUUCUUUAAAUAAACUUAACAGAAAAGUUGGAGAUGCAUGCCCCGGACCGGAUUCGAAUCUACGCCUUCCAAAUCUAAGGCAGAGGUCAUAUCCACUAGGCUAUCACGUAUUAUUGAAGUAAUUGAAAUGCACUGUAUUUAGUGUACUUAUUCUGAGAGUGAAAAUGAAAGAAAGGUUAAUAAAGUUUACUACAAGAAUUGAAAAAUAUACAGAUAAUAUAACAAAGUAUAAAUAGUCUAUACAAAAUAAUAUUUUUAUCAUUAACCACCAACAUCAUGGUACUAUUACACAUGCUCUAAAAUAGCAUGCUAAAAACGUGCUAUUAAGUAUGCUCCAUACGAGCAUGCUUAUCAUCAGUUUACAUUUGCUGGUAAUACGCAUGCUAUUUUUAAGUAUGGUGAAGAGAAUACAUAAUAGCAAUGCUGAUCGACUAGCAUACUCAUUAUGCAAACCUGUUCAGACAUGUUGAAAGCACGCCCCCUUUCACCCGCGCAGCAAGUAGCAUGCUCAUAAAUCGCACGACUGCUGAUUCUUGAGCAAGCUCGAAAUAAGCAUGCUCAUUAUUAGCAAUGUUGCGAUUCAUAUGCUAAUAAGUAGCAACUGCUCAAUAGUAGCAUGCUUUCGUGCUUGAAAUGAGCAUGUGUAACAGUAGCUUUAAGUAGAUAUUUGCAUAUAUAAUUGUCAUUUUCUUGUGCAUUAUAAAACAUUUUAAAAUUCGGAAUCCACUUUCGUUGUGUCCUCUUAUCGGGAGACUCCUUGUGGCAUCUCUAUUAAGAUAAUCCCUGUACGAUUAGUUUGAAGCUUUAAAUUGCUAUACAUCAUACAAUACGAUAUAGAUAGGUAUUGUGUGUUGAACAAUCAAUUUUUGUUCUUCUAAGGAACGUUCAUUAUUGUCUAAUGUACGAACUCAUUAUUUAAAAUUAUCCAACACAUCCUUGAUAACACUGUUUUGAUAAAAACAAUGUACCUACCAUUGAGUUACCAUGUACAACGUUCUAGAGAAGACACUCCGUAAUGCACGAAAGGAGAUCAUUCAUUUUGGGCCCUUUUUGAAAGUGCCGGCCAACGAAAAAAAAUAGCACGAAUCGAUAGAACUAGUCAUUUGGAGUAAUAGUUAAUAUGGCAUGAAAGUUGUAGGAGGGCUCUGAACCAAGUUAUACAGGUUCGACGAUUCGUUGUUUCCAUACAUUUUGUCAAUUUUCAAAAGUGCCCGCCAAGAAAAAAAACUGGUACGUAUCGUUAGAACUGUCCAUUUGGAGCAAUAGUUACUACGGCUCAAAUGUAGUAGGACUGCACUGAACCAAGUUAUACAGGUUCGAUCACUCGUCACUUCUAUACAUUUUUCUGAGUUUUGUAAGUGCCCGCAAACAAAAUAAAUCAUACGUAUCGUUAUAAAUAGCCAUUUGCAGCAAUAGUUACUAUGGCAUAAACAUUGUAGUAUAGCUUUGUGUAGAGUUAUACAGUUUAAAUAAUUCGUCCAACCCAUUUAUUUUAUUGAUUUUUUAAAGUACCGUUUAACAAAAAUAUGGUACUUAUGGUUAAGACUGCCCAUUUGGAGUAAUAGUUAGUAUGGCACAAAUGUUGCAAGAUUGUUCUGAACCAAGUUAUACAGGUUCGAUGUCUCGUCACUUCAAUGUAUUUGAUGGAGUUUUGUAAGUUACAAAGUAAAUGCUAUUUAUCGUUAUAACUAGCCAUUUUCAGUAAUAGUUACUAUGGCAUAAACGUUGUAGUAUAGAUCCGAAUCAAGUUAUACUGUUUAGAUGAUUCGUCAAAUCCAUAUAUUUUACUGAUUUUUUAAAGUACCGUUCACCUAAAAUAUGGUACCUAACGUUAAAACUAGUCAUUAGGAGCAAUAGUUAGUAACACGUCGCACACGCUUCAGAAAAAAUUCUAGUAAUAAUGAUUCUAAGCAUUUGCACAAAUUCAACAUUAUGGUGCAAAUGUAACUGAAAAUUGUGUUAUUGUGCAUUGAGAGAAAUAAAAACGUUUUAUUAAGUUCCUCAAGUAAUUGUAAUUUCGGUUUACAAGCUUGAAUAACAUAACAAAUACACGCACAACGGCAAAUCACAUGGCUAAGUGCAGAAACGGUCCAGAAGGAAGAACAUAACAAAUAAUGAUGACACAGCUCUUACACAAUGAUGACAUUUAUUUCAUAUUAUUAGUUAAGUAUUCAUCAUUAUUCCCUAUUUAUUGUUCCCCAUUACAUUCAGAUAUCAACAAAAACAAGAGUGACGAAUUAUCGAACGCAAAUAACUUGGAUCAGAGCAAUCAUACAAUGUUUCUGUCAUACCUACCAACUAACUGCUUAAAUCGAUAAAAUGCAUAGAAAUUAAGAAUCAUUGAACUUGUAUAACAUGGCUCAGAGCAGGCCUACAACGUUUGUUGUACUAUACUAACUAUUACUCCCCGUUCCUAUUAUAGCCAGUUCUAAUGAUACGUACCAUUUUAAUGGUUGGCACUUAAAAAUUGUGAGAAGUGACGAGUGAUCGAACCUGUAUAACUUGGUUCAGUGCAGUCCUACUACAUUUGAGCCGUAGUAACUAUUGCUCCAAAUGGACAGUUCUAACGAUACGUACCAGUUUUUUUUCUUGGCGGGCACUUUUGAAAAUUGACAAAAUGUAUGGAAACAACGAAUCGUCGAACCUGUAUAACUUGGUUCAGAGCCACCUGACAACUUUUAUGCCAUAUUAACUAUUGCUCCAAAUAGCUAAUUCUAAUGAGUCGUGCCAUUUUUUUUUGUUGGCCGGCACUUUCAAAAAGAGCCCAAAAAUGUAUGGAGCGUGAAUGAUCUCCUUUAACAUUAUCCAAAUACAUCCCUGUGAUAAUACUGUUUUAAUAAAAACAAUGUACCUAUCAUUGAGUUACAACUACUACGUACUAGAGAAAUACACCCACUUAUCCCUACUAUGUUCCGUUCAACUGCGGCGAUAUACGUUAUCAACCCAUAUACGGCUCACUACUGAGCUCGAGUCUCCUCUCAGAAUGAGAGGAGUUAGGCCAAUAGUCCACCACGCUGGCCCAAUGCGGAUUGGCAGACUUCACACACGCAGAGAAUUAAGAAAUUCUCUGGUGUGCAGGUUUCCUCACGAUGUUUUCCUUCACCGUUUGAGACACGAGAUAUUUAAUUUCUUAAAAUGCACACAACUGAAAUGUUGGAGGUGCAUGCCCCGGUCCGGAUUCGAACCCACACCCUCCGGAAUUGGAGGCAGAGGUCAUAUCCACUGGGCUAUCACGUCUCACGCGGCGAUAUAGCACUUCAUAAUUUCUUUAGAAACCGAGAGGAGUGUGGAUUUUCAUCCUCCUCCUAACAAGUUACCCCCUUUCAAUCUUAGAUUGCAUAAUCACUUACCAUCAGGUGAGAUUGUAGUCAUGGGCUAACUUGUAAAGAAUAAAAAAAACGCCACGAGGUGUUGAUCGCAAAAAAACAUCAUUCAUUAACUGAUAUUUACCAAUGUUUUAGCGCUGCAGCAAAUAAUAUAAUCACCCAGUCCAGCGCUGGCCUCCCGCUACGUUUCUACAUGGCUAUUGUUUGGAACAGCUUCUCUAAUACGUAUAGUAACUCAAAGGUACCAGGUGACGUCACGCUCUCACUCGUCCAAUUGAACGACAGCCAAUAGCCAUUCAGUUCGUUGGUUUAUAAUGCAGUAGUCGUAGUCAUUUAUUAUGACAAAGAAUUUAGAUAAUUUAUAACUCUUUAAGAGGAGAGUAUAAUUUUAGAAGUUUAACAAGUCUAAGUAACCUGACGCUAUGCUGCUGUUAUUUUUGAUGGUUUUUGCAACGAUUGACGGCAUUAAAGGAGACUGUUCGUUUGUAGAAUACUCUGGUCCUAUUUGCACUGCCAAAAUAACCUGUGUUGGAACAACUGAAGAUAUCGAUACAUUGUUAAACAAUUGGCGUUGCAUUAAAUCUGAUAGCCGACAAUGGAAUCGGUAUACUGAAACGUAUGAUUAUGAAUUAAAUGAUUAUAAAUUAGAUGUAGACGUUCAAUUUGUAAAUGUUGACGAUAACGAGAAUCCUUUAAUUGGAAUAGAAGAAGAUACUAAAGUAGCGACAUUGAAUAUUGGAAGUGGUAAUCUAGUUUCAGUGCCUCCAAUUAUAAGCAGAUUAAUCGUAUUGACCGAAUUUUCUUUAACGUACAACCAAGUGGAAAUGAUAAAUUUGAGAAAAUUAUCAGGUGUUUCCAUGAAGGUCGUAAAUGUAUCUCACAACCAAAUAUCUACCAUUGAAGAAGAUGAAAAUGUAAAUCCAUACCACAGCUUAGUUAGUAGCAUUGAUCUUAGCUAUAAUGCACUUGAAUCAAUACCUGAUAAUUGUUUUGAAAUGUUUUCUACACUCAUAUAUUUGGAUCUUUCGUUUAAUAAACUUAAACAAUUCGAUAUACUGACAUUUGAAGGAAUAACGCAAUUAGAGACUCUCAAACUCUCAAAUAAUGAAAUUUCAGAAAUUAGUCAAAACUUAGCAAGAUUUAGGCACUUAAAAGAUUUAGCUAUAGAUAACAAUCAACUGACAUCACUAACUGCUAUAAGCUUUAAAUCUUUGAUCAGCUUACAAAAACUCAAUCUUAGUUCUAAUUACAUAAAACAUAUUGAAGAUGAAUCUCUAGCUACUCUUAGAAAUCUGAAAGAAUUAGAUUUAAGUCAUAACAAAAUAAACGCAAUUCGUCAACAUCUAUUUCAAAAUAACAACAAAAUGUUCAAAUUGUCUCUUUCCCACAAUGAUAUAGAGAAUAUAGCAGGGGGUGCAUUUAGUACAACUAAUAUAUCCUUUUUUGAUAUACAAGAUAACCAUAUUAGAGGAUCAAUAGAUAGCGAUACAUUCCUAGGCAUUUCUGUCGAAAGCUUAGAUUUAAGUAAGGGUGGUGGUCUAAAAGCAUUAGGUGAUAAAGCUUUUAGCACUUUAGGUCAAAACUUGAAAUAUUUGAAUUUGAGUAAUAAUUUAUUAGAAAAUAUAACAGAAUCCGCCUUUCAAUCAUUGGAAAUACUUAGGAUACUAGAUUUGUCUUGUAAUAACCUUGUUGAUAUUGAAUUUAAUACAAGCGAUCUUACACAGUUAACAGAAUAUUAUAUUCAAAAUAAUUUAAUCAAAAAAGUUAAUUCUAAAAUGUUCAAAAACAUGAAAAGUUUGGUAAGGUUAGAUUUAUCGAAUAAUAAAGUUGAAGAUAUUGAAUUUAGCUCAUUUAUUGAUCUGACAAAUCUUAGAGACCUUAAUAUUAGUAAUAACGCUUUUGUGAACUCUUUAACACAAAAUUUAUUUCGAGGUCUGUACAAGGUAAACUCUUUAGAUUUGUCGUACAUAAAAUCGGUUUCUUGCCUCAAUGGAACGUUUUCUGGUAUGGCUUCACUUGUUUAUCUUAAUCUUUCCCACAGUCUGUUCGAUAAUAUCGAGUAUGAAACCUUCAAAGCGACUGGGUCUAUCAAAAGUCUUGAUGUAUCACAUAACUUUUUACAAAAUUUUCACAUCAAUACUUCAAGCAUUCUACAAAUAUUAGAACUGUAUCUUAACAAUAACAAGUUACAAAAUAUUACAAGUGAAACAUUUAAAAAUUUACGCUUUUUAGAAAAACUAAAUUUAGCUUAUAAUAAUAUUUAUCAUUUUGAUUCUCGUGGGUUGCAAUCAACGCCACAUUUGCACUAUUUAGACAUGUUUUCUAAUUACAAUUUGCACGUUAUGGGUGAUGUUUUUAAUAAUUUGAUUUUAUCAAAAGUUUCGCUAAGGAAUGUAAGACACAAAUUUAAUUUUGAAAAAGCUGCGAAUACUUCAAUAUCAACGUUAAUUUUAUCAAAUUGUGAUAUUGAUGAUAUUAAUUCUGUUUACGUUUAUCAAAUAAAAGACAUUCUGAAAUUAGAUGCCAGUUCAAAUAAAAUCAAAGUAUUGAACAAAGGAUCACUGCAGAAUAUGAAUAUUCUCAACUGGCUCGAUUUAAGUUUCAAUAUAAUUUCCACUAUUCAGCCUGGUACUUUUUUAUCAAAUGAAAUGAUAAAUAGCUUGAACCUUUAUAGCAAUAACUUGCAAUAUCUCCAGUUUGGCGUACUUGAUGGACUUAGAAAUCUUCGUAUUCUCAAUUUAUCAAACAAUGAAAUACACACGUUUGGCGUAAAUCUUUUACACAGUAGUCCAUAUUUGAACGAGUUAUUUCUUGAUAAUAAUAAUUUAAAAAGUAUGGAUUUCACAGCACUUAGCGAAACAAGUGUAAACAUUAUAACUAUUGGUGGGAAUAGUAUAUCAUGCGAUGCUUUGGCAUAUUGGAAAAAAUAUAAUAACUAUAACCUAAAUGUUACUGCAGAAACAUUUGAUUUUGAUUCUGAAAAUAUACAUGGUAUAGCGUGCAAAACAAAUUCAUCACGGGUUGAAAAUAAAUAUGAAAAUAACAACUUUAAUAUCACUAGCGAUGUGAAUGAGAUAAAAAAAGCUGUUGAUAACAUUUAUAACUAUUUAAAAAUGCCAUUGAAUGAGACAUUUUCCAGAAUUACUGCACUUUUGGAAAAUAACCACAAAUAUUUUGACAAUGCUUUAGCAAAAUUGAAUCGAUCGGAAAUAGUUUUCGAUGAACAAUUUCGAAAAAAUGCUGUAAACAGUAAAAGUGACCUCUUACCGCAACUUUUAAACAAUAGCGAUAGAGUAGCAAACAACAUUAACACAAUGAUAAGAUUAUUGGAAAUAAAUAAUAACUUGACCAAAUUAGGUAAUAUUCAGAAAGAUAAAUUACAAUCACCGGUAUUAAUUGCUAAUAAUAUGACAAUUGGUAAAUAUGUAAACAAUAAUUCGACCGGUAGUGCUACAAAAUUAAGUGCGGAUUCACUUAAUGAAUUUGAUAAUAAUACAUUAGUUGAUAUAAAAAUAUUAUUAUAUAUUAUAGCUUCGUGUUUUACUAUUGCUAUAUUAUUGUUUGUAGUGACAAUAACUUAUAAGUAUUGGUAUAGACAAGUUUCACACAGGGUGCAUGUCAACCAAUUGUAUGACAGUGGGCAGUCGGUAAGAGGUGGCCUAGAAAUGGAGUAAAUUAUUAUUACGAUAUGGUUCAUAUGAUUAAAGGAAUUAAAAUAUACGUAUAAUAAGUGAGAAAUAUAGUAUAAACAGUAAAUAAUUAUGUGUUUUAAAUUUCAGGAAGACGGUUUAACUUUAGAUCUAGUUGUAAGGUAAACAUUGUAUCUAAUGUUCACAUUUUUGUUGAAUCUAUAGGAUAUAGUAGAAAUGUAGCUACAGGGGUUCUACCGGAAACGGCCAAAGGAGAAGGAGGAAAGGAGAGGUCACAUAGGACCUAUUCGUACUUAUAAGGUUAAAAUGGAAUUGAUUUUAAUACCUCGCUUUUUCCUAGAUUUCUGUUUAUAUAUUUCAAAAUAAUACUUAUAAAUUUAUUACUGGUUAUACACCUAAUAAAAAAAAAUAGAUACAUACUGAGUCAAUAGAAUUAUUAUGAAUACAUAAUAAUACACAAUGUCAAGUCAACCAUUAUAGAUAGUCGUUAUUCUUCUUCGAAAAGUUUUGAAAAGCUUCGACCAACUACGUGAGAAGCUUUCGCUUGAGUGUUGAAUCAAGGGAAGGUAAUGAUCAAGUGAAGGAAAGACGUCGAGUAUUUUGAGAAGGUUCCUCACUCUGGAGCCCUGACCAUAUUGGUCCCUCGUACCAACCCUCCCUCCCCAAACCUCGUAACUUUAAUUUUAAGUUUUCGAAUAAUUAUUAUCACCAUUAUCUUAAGUUAAAUAUUAUUACAUGACGUUUCGAAAGAGCUUGUAAACUAAGCCUAUUUGAAAUAAAUGAAUUUUGACUUUGACUUUGACUUAUAGUGUUUUGUAUUAUAUUUUGUAAUUUAUAUUGACAAUUAAAUAAUGUGUAAAUAAAUAAAUAAAAGAAAAAAUCAA